CAAAUUUUAGAAGACCUGUUGGGAUUUCACUAAUUUAUUACAAGCAUUCCUAUAAUCGAGUAUAUAACCAGGUAUUAAUUUCAGAAUCUCCUAUACACAUUAAUUCUAUUCUAAAACAAAUUGCUAUAUGAGAAUAAGUAAGGUAACUGUGAGCCAAUUUUCAAGUUUUUACUUUUAAACAAUAGACAUUUUAAUAACGACUCAAAGUUUUAUUAAAAGUAUUUGGAAAAACAUGUAAACUUGACAAAAUUAUGACGAUGACGACCCUGCAAAGGAGAUUACUCUUCGUGGGAGCCCUUAUCCUGUGUUAUGCUCCCCAAGCUCUCUCCGCCGUAGAGGACAAGUGCUCCGCACUUUCGCAAUACGUUGAACCCAAGAUUAGCUACGACUUUGUUCCGUAUGUCCUGCGGGCUCUGGACGAAUAUCGACCAUGUGAGCCCGGUGAUCCGAAGUGUCUCUGCCAUGUUCAAACCAUCCGAAAGAACUUGCAGCCAUAUAAGGACAACGGCAUCACACCGGUCAUGAUGAAGCAGUCCCAACGUUUCGGCACCUUGUACAAGGUGAUUCGUGGACGUAUCUAUCGCCAGGAGAACUGCUCUCAUCCCAGGCGCUGUGACAAUGUGGAUGAAUUGCUCUUGGACAUGGCCGUUGAUCUACCGGACCUGGAAUUCGUUCUUAAUGUGCGAGACUGGCCGCAAGUUCAUUUUCUAUCGGGUUUAAGUGGCCCCGUCCUUUCGUACUCGAUCACCGAGCAGUAUCUGGACAUUAUGUGUCCGGCUUGGUCAUUUUGGACCGUGUAUGCCCCGAUCUUGCAAGACUAUCCCCAUGGCCUCGGUCGCUGGGAUUGGAUGCGCCAGCAUAUGGCAGACAGGGCGGCGAGGAUACCCUGGAAUACGAAGCACUCGAAGGGCUUCUUUCGGGGCUCACGAUCUUCCCCAGAGCGCGAUAAUCUAGUGUUGCUCUCGCGCAGGUGUCCAGACCUGGUCGAUGCCCAGUACACUGUGCAUGUAAUUGGUGAAUCCGGUGCGCAUACCCUCGGUACUGAUCCCGCUGAAGAGAUACCUUUUGUCGAGCAUUGCCAGUACAAGUACUUGUUCAAUUUCCGUGGCGUGGCUGCCAGUUUCCGGCUCCGUCAUAUCCUGCUCUGUCGUUCGCUGGUGAUCCAUGUGGGCGACCAGUGGGAGGAGUUCUUCUAUAACCAACUGAAACCUUGGGUGCACUACGUUCCGGUAGCUAGCGAUGCCGACGUGGAUGAGCUGGCGGAUUUAAUCCUUUAUCUUCGGGAGCACGAUGACUUGGCGGAGGAGAUAGCCGAAAGAGGACAUGAGUUCGUUUGGCUGCAUCUGCGAAUGGAAGAUGUGCAGUGCUACUGGCGGAAGUUGCUCCAGGAAUACGCCCAGCUGCUCACCUAUCAGGUUCAACCAGAGCCAGACUUGGUGGAGAUAUCCAACAAGAGAGCUGUGCAAUUGUAUUACGGGUAGUUAAGUCAAAAGUUUAAUUUAAAAUUUAAACAGAAAAUGCAUAAAUUUUUAUACA